GCAGCACGUGUCGACUUAGUGUGGUACCAACAGUGAAGCAUUCUGUGCGUACGCACGGUCGCACCGUAUCGCUAUUUCUGUUCGGAGACUAAAAAUAGAGCCGGUCUUUGCACUCCGCCCCCAUCGGUGGUCCAUCUGAAUCUGAAGUCGGUUCGCCAUGGGCACCAUCAAGCAGUUCUCGUUUCCGCUUUUUCAGGAGCAGGUGCAUAACGCAUUAAACGAAGUAGACGAGACCGAAUUCGGCAAACUCCAGGACAAUGAGCAGAGGAUCCGAUAUGUCGCAAAACUGCUGGCCAACAAGGAUUUGCUCCCUAGGCUGCAGCCGGCGGGCAGUGGGAAAAAAUCUGAUUUGGCCCUCGAAAGACGCAACGAGGGAAACAAACUUUUCCAGAUAGGCGACUUUGACAAGGCUCAGCAGUUGUAUUCAGCAAGUCUGUUGGUGGCAGAUGAUCCUGAAUCCAUGUGCCUGGCUUUGGCUAACCGAUCCGCAGCGCUUUACAAUAUGAAGCAAUACAGGCUGGCGUUGAAUGACAUAAAAGAGCUAUACGCUAUCGGAGCCUACCCAAAACACCUUUUGUACAAGGUUUCAGAGCGGAGGGCGCGGUGUUUUCUGGCAAUGGAUCAGAGACUGAGCGCACGCGACGCUUUCAGACAGACAAUGCAAGCACUGGACGACGCAAAAAUGGAAGCAGACCGGAAAACGAAAAUGCGCACUGACGUGCAAAUCAUGCUGGUGAUGCUGGAAAAAGGGCUGCUGAAGGACGCACCCCUGCCACCCGAUACGUCGGUGAAGCCGCCUGCCCUGUCCGGCGGCGUCAACCCCAACUUCCCGUGCGCCAGCAACAGCCUUCGCUUCGAGUGGGCUGGAAAUGCGGAGGGCCGCAUGGCCAGGUGCAGGUCGGCCAUCCGCACCGGCGACACCGUGCUGGUGGAGUCGCCCGUCGUGGCGGCGCUGCUGCACGAGCGGCGCCACACGCACUGCUGGCACUGCAUGGAGCGCCUCGGCACUUCGCUGCCCUGUCCUACGUGCGCUGAGGUCGCCUUCUGCACGGCCAAGUGCAGGGACGCUGCGCUCGGCACGCACCACCGCUGGGAGUGCACCUUCCUGCCCAUUCUCCGCGAGUCCAAAGCCUCCGUCACCUGCCUCUUGGCUCUCAGGCUGGCGAGUAACAACAAUGUGGACAAGAUCAGGGCUGGUCUCUCAGAGGCUGAAGGUCGUGAUGUUCGUCUGAUCGGCGAGGAAAAGUACCAUUCGCACGACUUGUCCAAUUUUUUCUCGCUGGUAAGCCACUCGGAAAGACGAUCGCCCCGCGAUUUGCUCCAGCGCUCUUUGAUGGCGCACUUUUUGCUCGGCGGGCUCUCGCAAGGAGGGUACUUUGGCGGAAAAACAGCCCUAGGCGCCGAGCUCAGCGCCGAUCAAGCGUUAAUCGGCGGGGCGUUGCUGCAGGCGCUGCAGAUCGCGCAGUUCAAUAGCCAUGAAGUGUCUGAGCUCGUUUCACGCGACAAUGACUCAGACCCGAAGUCGCUAUUCAUCGGUGGUGCCGUGUACACAACGCUGGCUCUGCUCAACCACUCUUGCAACCCGAGCGUGAUGCGUUACCACGCGCCGGGGGGCGUCGUCGUGGUGCGUGCCGUGCGUCCGCUGCAACCAGGCGAUGACGUUUCUGAGAACUACGGGCCGCUGUGGACACGUGAGUCACGAGACGUACGCCAGCAACGCCUGCGUGACCAGUAUUGGUUUGAGUGCAACUGCGAAGCGUGCGUCGGCGAGUGGCCACUCUUUGAAGACAUCUCCGAAAACAUCAUCCGACUGCGAUGCGGAGGCUGCGGUGCCGCGGUCAUCUUUGGAGAGGAGCAGAUCGCGGCCACGUGCCUCGUGUGUGGACACAAGACCAGCGUCCUCGCGUCCCUGGCCGGAGUUGCGGACACAGAACGAAAAAUGGAGCUGGCGAAAAUGCGGGCUUUGGACAAACCUGAGGAAGCAUUGGACAUGUUUAUUCAAAUUCUGGAGGCGCUAAACAAGUUUCUGGCAACACCUCCCUGCAAGGACUUCGUAUUGUGCCAACAAGCUGUACGAAAAUGUUUCUUACAAAUGGGCAACUGGUUCAAAGGCCGUUAAGAGAAAUAUUUACAAAAGGGAUUUUUAAAAAAUAAAUUUGUAUGGCUUUUUUGGAUUUAA